CCUGGGAGGGAGGGGUGGAAGGUUAGGGACGCAGAGAGGGAGAGCGCUAUCAGCAGAGAGACGCGGGGCCAGGGCUCUAGCAGGGGCUGGGGCCUCAGCUGGGGUAGCAAAGCGGGUCAAUGCUCUCCAAGAGCCGGAGCGCAAACCUACAAGGAGGUCCAGUCCGGUGAGCACUACCCGAAGCGCAGAGCCUGGGACGUCCAGAGCGCGGAGAGUAGUCCCCACUCCAGCGAGGAGCGAUCCGUCUGGGUAGCUGGGGAUCUAGGCGCCGCCAUCCUUGAGAAAGCAGCUGUCCCGAGAGCAAGCAUCCUAGAUCUGUAAGAAACCAGCCGUCCGAGAAGCCGCAGAUGUCAGGUGCCCGGGAACGUUAGGCUGAACAGGAGGGUAAUAGAGGACCACAGGCUCUGAACCGUCGGGAGCUACCCCUGGCUCGACCCACGCGGGGACCUCCGCCUUGACGGAAGGUUUGGGGAACGGCACCUCUGAGGCGGGAACCCACAGAGGAGGGGGGGUCGGGCGCAGCCGUCGGGGGGGGAGGGUUCCGACCCAGGACCGAGCCCGGUCACCGCCUCCGGGGCUCGCAGAAAGCCCUGGGCCUCCGCCGCCAUUGCGCCCAAAAGUGAGGAAGACCUGCUGGCCCUGGCUGCAUCGCGUCUGAGCCGCCGCAAGCGGGUAGCGGGCGCGGCCGUCGGGGUGGCCAUGGUGCUGCUUCUGCUGGUGGCUAUUCCGCUGCUGGUGCACAGCUCCCGCGGGCCGGCUCACUACGAGAUGCUGGGUCGCUGUCGCAUGGUGUGCGACCCACAUGGACCCCGAGGCCCAGGACCCGACGGCGCGCCCGUUUCGGUGCCCCCCUUCCCACCGGGCUCCAAGGGAGAGGUGGGCCGGCGUGGGAAGGCAGGUCUGCGAGGGCCCCCGGGACCACCAGGUCCCAGAGGGCCUCCAGGAGAGCCCGGCAGGCCAGGUCUUCCGGGCCCUCCAGGCCCGGGCCCCGGCGGGGUGGCGGCCCCUGUCGGCUACGUGCCUCGCAUUGCCUUCUAUGCGGGCUUGCGGCGGCCACACGAAGGUUAUGAGGUGCUGCGUUUUGAUGACGUGGUGACUAACGUGGGCAACGCUUACGAGGCGGCCAGCGGCAAGUUCACCUGCCCUAUGCCGGGUGUCUACUUCUUCGCUUACCAUGUGCUUAUGCGCGGCGGCGACGGCACGAGCAUGUGGGCCGACCUGAUGAAAAAUGGACAGGUCCGGGCCAGCGCCAUUGCCCAGGACGCGGACCAGAACUACGACUACGCCAGCAACAGCGUGAUCCUGCACCUGGAUGUGGGCGAUGAAGUCUUCAUCAAGCUGGAUGGCGGGAAGGUGCACGGAGGGAACACCAACAAGUACAGCACUUUUUCUGGCUUCAUCAUCUACCCAGACUGAGCCGGGCCCCAUCCCCCACGCAUCCCCCUUCUCCUCGGCUCCCCUCCUUACCCACCUUCAACCCGCCCCACCCCAGGCACCACCCCCAUCCUUUGAGAGCCUGGCAGUGGAGCAAACCCUCCUGCUCCUGGAGGAAGCCUUAAUGGGCGGACUCUUGGUGCUCUGGGGUAUAAGUGGCUGGGGAGCGGAGGCCGGGGCAGAGGAGGAGCUGAGCGGCUUGGGAAGGGAACUGGAGCAUCAGUGAGCAUCGGGCCUAUGAGUAAAGUCCGGAGAGGGGCGGAGGUCGUGCUCCUCUCUUCCGCCGGGAGCUAGAGUAAUCUCACUAGCCAGACUUGGCAUUUAGGGAGGGAGAGACCAGAAACAGGAGACCACAUAGGCGGGAGGAGAUGUUUGGACUGGGUAGGCACUGGUCCUCUGUCAUGACUUUUUCUCAACUUCCCCACCUCCCCUCAUCUCCAUUUUUUUGGCCCGGUCCAGCAGCCUUCUUGUGAACUGGAGGAACCAGUGAAUUUUUUCCUAGCAUUUAAAACUCAUUCUGUACAGUCCCCAUUUCACUCCCAUCCUGGCUGGGCCCUGGGGCUACAGCUGUUGUUGUCUCAUCCAAUAAAGUGAAGUUAGAGAA